AUGAGGCAUCCUUCAUUCAAAACUUUCAAGAGUAGUGGUGCUACAGAGUUUUCUGGAGUCCUUAAUCCCAUAGUUGUUCUAACUUGGAUUCAGAACACAGAAAAAGUAUUUCGUAUCUCUCAUGUGAAUAAUGAAGACAAGGAUAAUUAUGCUUCUGCUAUGCUCGUCGGAGAAGUCUUGUUAUUUCUAGAUGGACUACGGUAUGAAAUCCGCGAUUUCGUGGCUAAUCGGGAUGUUCUGUCAUUUGAAAAAGCUGUUAAUUAUGCUCGAAAGCGAGAGCAUGACUUAGAGAUACGUGGUGCCACUCUUUCUGUUACAAAGCAUCCAUGUAUUGAUCGAACUGCUUCUGUUUCCUCUAUUCAACAAGCCCAAUCUAUUCGAACUGAACCUGGUAAACAAGUGCAAACUCAAAAUGCCCAUCGUGGCCGCGAUAGGCCGCAAUCUUUUUCUCUUCAAUUGCUAUCGUGUCGAAAUUGUGGAAAGAAUCAUCCGGGCGAAUGCAGAUUAGAAAAAGGAUCAGUGGUCUGUUAUAGAUGUGGAGAAGUAGGACACAUGAAGUCUAUUUGUCCGAUGAAGAAUGUUACAUGCUUUGCUUGUGGUGUUGCUGGGCAUAGGAAGCAUUUUUGCCCUACUCUUACUAGUCAAAUGACGGGACGUCAAGCUUCUGUACAACAACCGGCGAGAAGUCAAGCUCCUGUUCAACAAUCAAAGGGCACUCCAACUAAAAAGGAGGAAGUGCCAAAAGUUAAGGGUCUUGCAUUCUAG